AUGAGCGACUCUACAUUGUCAAAAAUCAGUGAGUUGAUUAAAUUGGAAGAUGAUUUGGCCAAGAUAGGCAGUAUUCGGCAGCAGUUUCUUAAGGAAAAGUCGUCAGUUGAUGUGAAGUUGUCGUCGACGACACAGGUGCAGAUCGAUUCGAUUAUGAAGAAUUUAGCGAACUUGAACAACACUAUGGAGAGACUUGAUUCGAUUAAAGGGGGAAUUGGGGAGGUUCAGCAAGUACAUGAUCGUACGAUUGGAGAAGUUAGGGAGUAUGACACGAUCAAGAAGAUGACGAUGGUGAAUCAGUUUUUACACCAAGUGGGGAGUUUGUAUGAGGAUAUUUCUGGGUUCAAGAGUUUUCUUAAUAAGUUGAAUGAGAUGAUUCAAGGGGAGUUGGAAGAGUUGCAGAAUGAUUUAACGUAUCCCUUACCGAAUUUUGUUCGAAUCCACCAUGCGUAUACUCAGGCCAGGAACUUUGUGGAUUAUUUGGAGGUGUACUCGACGAGUUUGUCGGAUGAUUUGCAGUCGAUUGUGUAUAAGGUUGUUUCUCCAAUUAAGAAGACGAUCAAGUUGUUUGACGAGUUGCUUAAUGAAGGGGUGCAGAGUUUGACGGAGGUUACUAAGGAAGGGAAUUUUGAGUGUUUUUUCAAGAUUAUUGCUGCGGUUACGUGGGAGGAAAAUGAGGAUUUAAAGGUGUCGUUGAUGAAGAGUUUGGAUAUGGUUGAGAGUGAUCCAAAGACGGUAAACUACAAGACGUUUCGUGGGAGGUGCAGAAACUAUAAGAAGUUUUUCUUUGACAAGUUGCGGGCGCACCUUCAUGAGAUAUUUGAUUCGUGUGUUGAGUAUUAUGGGAAUGACAAGAUCCUUGUGUAUGAUGGGUUGUACUGGUUAGAGGAUGAGAUGCGGUUUGUGUAUACCACGUUGGAUAAGUUGUUUCCUGGCAAUUGGGGCGUGAGUGGGUUUAUUCAGGAUGUGUAUUAUAAUCGGUUGCAUGAUUUUACGAUGGACCUUAUUAGUGCUGACCCACCGGCUGAAGACUUGCUCAAGAUCUUGCUGUAUGAUUCGAGGUAUGGGAGUUUUGUUUCUGAGUUUGGGGUUAAGCAGAAGUCGAUUAUUGGAGAAGAGCUUAAAGGGAAUGUGUUGGACGAUUACUUGAAGAAUAUCACCACGAAAAUGAGGGAGUGGAAUGAUAAUUUGAUUAGGCAAGAGACGAAAACUUUUACAGAGAGGCCGAAUGCGCCAGAUAUCUACCCUAUCGAGCUGACCAUUGAGGAUUUAGAUGCAAAUAAGAAUGAGGUGCAACUCACAAUUGAGCUUAAUGUGUAUGUUAUGCCGGAUUUUAAGAUUGCGUUGACGAUGCUUAAGGAGCAGGCGGAUGUUGCUGCAGAGUCAAAGUAUUCACGGAUAUUGGUUGAGGUUAUUGAGAGUUGGAGUGAGUGCUAUGUCAAGCGUAUUGCCAAUUUUCGGGAGGUGGUCGAAGAUGAGAUGGACCGGUACAUGUCGGUGUUUAACAAUGAAAAGUACUUGAUUAAGGAGAGCAAGGCCAAGCGAUUGUUUAGAAAGAAACCGCCGGUGGUGGAUCUUGAUAACUUGUCGCCAGAAGAGCAGAGCAAGCUUUCGAGAGAAGGGUUGAUUGAGUACUUGGCGGCGUUGGCAAACUCGUUGGAUAUUAGUGAUGAUAUAAUGAACGAUAAGUUUGCCCCCGGGUAUAAAGAGAAGGUGCAUACGAAUUACCAUGCACGGAUUGGGAAGGCGUUUGAUGUUGCAUCUGAGAGUUCGAAUGCGUUGAUAUCGGAAGUUUUGAGUGCCAUUACUGACAUUAUUAUGAACGACCUUACGCCGGCGUUGUGCAAGUUGUUUACGAAGAAAUGGUAUGAAGAUGGACACUCGCAGACGGGCGAGCCUACCAUUGCUGAGCUUGUGGUAGAGACGAUUAGUGAGUAUAUGGGAGAGAUGAGACAGUACUGUGUGUACCCGGUUUACCAGUUGUUGUUUGUUAUUUUUUUGGACAAUUUUAUUCCGACGUAUAUUAGGAUUGGUUAUGAGAAUGUAUUGCACGGUGACGGCAAGAAGAUUGAUCCGAAGGCGACAAAGAAGUACAAGUCAUUUAGUGAGGGGAUUACCAGGGAUAUUGAGGUUUUCUUUAGUGGACUUGACCCGUUAUUUACGAGGAAGGAUGGGGAGUACUUUUUUGCGUCGCUCAAUGCCAUUGAGUUGUUGCUGGUGUUGGGGGAGUGUGAGGUUGAAAAUGUAAAAGAUGUGUGGCAGCAUGAGGUACUUCCCAAAUUUUAUGAUUGUUCGGUGGAGUAUAUUCGAGGGGUGUGUUUGUGCCGCAAGGAUAUGGACAAGUCACAGGUGAAGCAGUUGGUGCCGCAGUUGCAGGAAAUUAAGGAUCAGUACCACCAGGAGGUGCAACCGCCAGACGUGCCGAUAUUCACAUUGAAUGACUUUGAGUUUCAGGAUUAG